AUGAAGAGGGCUGUUUGGGCAGAAUAUUUCCAUCUCAUUUCAACAAAUAAAGAACCAGCGCACAGUUUGUGUCCGAAAACUGCUGAUACGUGGUGCAAAUACCAACAAGCUAUCCAGAAGAAAGAAGCCUAUGCCCACAAUGAACACUUCCACAUUGCCCCUGUAGUAAUGGAACAGGUUAAACAAAUUUUCAAGGACCUAGCUAACUCCACGCUGCUGGCGAAAUGUCUUCGUGGACAGACCCAAAAUCCGAGCGAGUCGCUGAACAGUGUGGUUUUAUCUCGUAAACAGUUGGAAAUCAAUGAAGAUGACAAACAAUUUGGACAGGAAAAUGGUAUUGCCGACGAACCGAAAGAUGCCCAAACUUAUGAGAAUAUAAAACCUAAUAAAAAAGAAAAGACUGCCAGUGCAAUUGAUUCGAAGACAAAGGGUAAACAGGGGUCUCCUGCAAAAUCCAAAGAGGCCGGUGGAAAAAUGAAAUCUGACAAAAAGAAGUCUGUAAGCCCUCCAAAAGAAUCAAUCCUUCCUCUGUCAGAAAACUCUGUGGAUUUGCGAUACAGUGUUUUUGAUGAAAAGAUCGCUUAUGACACAAGCAAACUUACGAUAGCAGAAUACUUCGAAAUGAUGGACCUAGAAGAUGGUGAACCCAGAGAUGAAUAUUUGAAAGAGAAACUAGAUGAGUUUAAAGUUAUCAUUCCUCCAUUAAAUCAGCAUCGGAAAAAAUACUCAAGACCUAAGUCUAUAAAAGAACUUAAAAUUGGCGAUUUUGAGUUUAUUGGGACACUACAAAAUGAAGAGUUUUCAGAUGACUUUGUACAAGAAGGAGUUACAGAAAUAAUUAAUGCAUCACGUGAAAAUCUUUCUUUCAUUAAAGAUGUAGCCAAAUGUGGAGUGAUUAUUUACAACAUUCUUGAUGAUUCAGAACAAGCGGUUGAAGCUUCUUGGGUACUUAAUUCUCUUUCAUACUUCAUGCAAGAAUUAAAAGAAGAUGGAGAAAUAAGUAAAUUUACUCCCCCUCUUUUUAUUCUACUAUCCACGUUUAUGUCUUGGUCUUUGAGCAAAUCUUUAGACCCA